CCCCAUUCUCCCGCUUUCCAUCACCCCGCCCCAUUCUCCCGCUUCCAUCACCCCGCCCCAUUCUCCCGCUUCCAUCACCCCGCCCCAUUCUCCCUCCUUCCAUCACCUCGCCUCAUUCUCCCGCUUCCAUCACCCCGCCCCAUUCUCCCUCCUUCCAUCACCCCGCCCCAUUCUCCCUCCUUUCCAUCACCCCGCCCCAUUCUCCCACUUUCCAUCACCCCGCCUUCCCGCCCCAUUCUCCCGCUGUCCAUCACCCCGCCCCUUUCUCCCGCUUUCCAUCACCCUGCCCCAUUCUCCCGCUUUCCAUCACUCCGCCCCAUUCUCCCGCUUUCCAUCACCCCGACCCAUUCUCCCACUUUCCAUCACCCCGCCCCAUUCUCCCUUCUUCCAUCACCCCGCCUCAUUCUCCCUCCUUCCAUCACCCCGCCCCAUUCUCCCGCUUUCCAUCACCCCGCCCCAUUCUCCCGCGUUCCAUCACUUAGCCCCAUUCUCCCGCUUUCCAUCACCCUGCCCCAUUUUUCCUCUUUCCAUCACCCCGCCCCAUUCUCCCACUUACCAUCACCCUGCCCCAAUCUCCUGCUUUCCAUCACCCCGCCCCAUUCUCCCUCCUUCCAUCACCCCGCCCCAUUCUCCCGCUUUCCAUCACCCCGCCCCAUUCUCCCGCUUUCCAUCACCCAGCCCCAUUCUCCCGCUUUCCAUCACCCCGCCCCAUUCUCCCGCUUUCCAUCACCCCCGCCCCAUUCUCCCGCUUUCCAUCAUCCCGCCCCAUUCUCCCUUCUUCCAUCACCCCGCCCCAUUCUCCCGCUUUCCAUCACCCCGCCCCACUCUCCUGCUUCCCAUAACCCCACCCCAUUCUCCCGCUUUCCAUCACCCCACCACAUUUUUCCCGUUUUCUAUCACCCCGCCCCAUUCUCCCUCCUUUCAUCACCCCGCCCCAUUCUCCCGCUUUCCAUCACCCCGCCCCAUUCUCCCGAUUUCCGUCACCCUGCCCCAUUCUCCCGCUUUCCAUCACCCCGCCCCAUUCUCCCGCUUUCCAUCACCCCGCCCCAUUUUCCCGCAUUCCAUCAUCCCGCCCCAUUCUCCCUCCUUCCAUCACCCCGCCCCAUUCUCCCGCUUUCCAUCACCCCGCCCCAUUCUCCCGAUUUCCGUCACCCCGCCCCAUUCUCCCGCUUUCCAUCACCCCGCCCCAUUCUCCCGCUUUCCAUCACCCCGCCCCAUUCUCCCGCAUUCCAUCAUCCCGCCCCAUUCUCCCUCCUUCCAUCACCCCGCCCCAUUCUCCCGCUUCCCAUAACCCCACCCCAUUCUCCCGCUUUCCAUCACCCCGCCACAUUCUCUCACUUCCCAUCACCCCGCCCCCUUCUCUCUCCUUCCAUCACCCCGCCCCAUUCUCCCUCCUUCCAUCACCCCGCCCCAUUCUCCCGCAUUUCAUCAGCCCGCCCCAUUCUCCCGCUCUCCAUCACCCCUCCCCUUUCUCCCGCUUUCCAUCUCCCCGCCCCAUUCUCCCGCUUUCCAUCACCCCGCCCCAUUCUCCCGCUUUCCAUCACCCCGCCCCAUUCUUCCGCUUCCCAUCAUCUCGCCCCAUUCCCCCGCUUUCCAUCACCCCUCCCCAUUCUCCCUCCUUCCAUCACCCCGCCCCAUUCUCCUCGCUUUCCAUCACCCCGCCCCCCCGCCCCAUUCUCCCGCUCUCCAUCACCCCUCCCCUUUCUCCCGCUUUCCAUCUCCCCGCCCCAUUCUCCCGCUUUCCAUCACCCCGCCCCAUUCUCCCGCUUUCCAUCACCCCGCCCCAUUCUUCCGCUUCCCAUCAUCUCGCCCCAUUCCCCCGCUUUCCAUCACCCCUCCCCAUUCUCCCUCCUUCCAUCACCCCGCCCCAUUCUCUUGCUUUCCAUCACCCCGCCCCGUUCUCCCGCUUUCCAUCACCCCGCCCCAUUCUCCCGCUUUCCAUCACCCCGCCCCAUUCUCCCUCCUUCCAUCACCCCGACCCAUUCUCCCGCUUUCUAUCACCCAGCCCCAUUCUCCCUCCUUCCAUCACCCUGCCCCAUUCUCCCUCAUUCCAUCACCCCGCUCCAUUCUCCCGCUUUCCAUCACCCCGCCCCAUUCUCCCACUUCACAUUACCCCACCCCAUUCUCCCGCUUUCCAUCACCCCGCCACAUUUUCCCACUUUCCAUCAUCCCGCCCCCUUCUCUCUCCUUCCAUCACCCUGCCCCAUUCUCCCUCCUUCCAUCACCCCGCCCCACUCUUCCGCUUUCCAUCACCCGCCCCAUUCUCCCGCUUUCCAUCACCUCGCCCCAUUCUCCCGCUUUCCAUCACCCCGCCCCAUUCUUUUGCUUUCCAUCACCCCGCCCCAUUCUCCCGCUUUCCAUCACCCUGCCCCAUUCACCAGCUUUCCAUCACCUGCCCCAUUCUCCCGCUUUCCAUCACCCCGCCCCAUUCUCCCGCUUUCCAUCACCCUGCUCCAUCUCCCGCUUUCCAUCACCCCGCCCCAUUCUCCCGCUUUCCAUCACCCCGCCCCAUUCUCCCGCUUUCAAUCACUCCGCCCCAUUCUCCCGCUUUCCAUCACCCCGCCCCAUUCUCCCUCCUUCCAUCACCUUGCCUCAUUCUCAUUCCUUCCAUCACCCCGCCCCAUUCUCCCGCUUUCCAUCACCCUGCCCCAUUCUCCCGCUUUCCAUCACCCAGCCCCAUUCUCCCGCUUUCCAUCACCCCGCCCCAUUCUCCCGCUUUCCAUCACCCUGCCCCAAUCUCCCGCUUUCCAUCACCGCGCCCCAUUCUCCCUCCUUCCAUCACCCCGCCCCAUUCUCCAGCUUUCCAUCACCCCGCCCCAUUCUCCUGCUUUCCAUCACCCAGCCCCAUUCUCCCGCUUUCGAUCACCCCGCCCCAUUCUCCCGCUUUCCAUCACCCCACCCCAUUCUCCCUCCUUCCAUCACCCCGCCCCAUUCUCCCUCCUUCCAUCACCCCGCCCCAUUCUCCCGCUUUCCAUCACCCCGCCCCAUUCUCCCGAUUUCCGUCACCCCGCCUCAUUCUCCCUCCUUCCAUCACCCCGCCCCAUUCUCCCGCUUUCCAUCACCCCGCCCCAUUCUCCCGCUUCCCAUAACCCCACCCCAUUCUCCCGCUUUCCAUCACCCCGCCACAUUCUCCCGCUUUCUAUCACCCCGCCCCAUUCUCCCUCCUUCCAUCACCCCGCCCCAUUCUCCCGCUUUCCAUCACCCCGCCCCAUUCUCCCGAUUUCCAUCACCCCGCCCCAUUCUCCCGCUUUCCAUCAGCCCGCCCCAUUCUCCCACUUUCCAUCACCCCGCCCCUUUCUCCCGCUUUCCAUCUUCCCGCCCCAUUCUCCCGCUUUCCAUCAUCCCGCCCCAUUCUCCCUCCUUCCAUCACCCCGCCCCAUUCUUCCGCUUCCCAUCAUCCCUCCCCAUUCCCCCGCUUUCCAUCACCCCUCCCCAUUCUCCCUCCUUCCAUCACCCCGCCCCAUUCUCUCGCUUUCUAUCACCUCGCCCCAUUCUCCCGCUUUCCAUCACCCCGCCCCAUUCUCCCGCUUUCCAUCACUCUGCCCCAUUAUCCCUCCUUCCAUCACCCCGCCCCCUUCUCCCUCCUUCCAUCACCCCGCCCCAUUCUCCCUCCUUCCAUCACCCCACCCCAUUCUCCCGCUUUCCAUCACCCCGCCUCAUUCUCCCGCUUCCCAUAACCCCACCCCAUUCUCCCGCUUUCCAUCACCCCGCCACAUUCUCCCACUUUCCAUCACCCCGCCCCCUUCUCUCUCCUUCCAUCACCCCGCCCCAUUCUCCCUCCUUCCAUCACCCCGCCCCAUUCUCCCGCUUUCCAUCAGCCCGCCCCAUUCUCCCGCUUUCCAUCACCCCGCCCCAUUCUCCCGCUUUCCAUCACCCCUCCCCUUUCUCCCGCUUACCAUCUCCCCGCCCCAUUCUCCCGCUUUCCAUCACGCCGCCCCAUUCUCCCGCUUUCCAUCACCCCGCCCCAUUCUCCCUCCUUCCAUCACCCCGCCCCAUUCUCCCGCUUUCCAUCACCCCGCCCCAUUCUCCCUCCUACCAUCACCCCGCCCCAUUCUCCCUCAUUCCAUCACCCCGCCCCCAUUCUCCCUCCUUCCAUCACCCCACCCCAUUCUCCCUCCUUCCAUCACCCCGCCCCAUUCUCCCUCCUUCCAUCACCCCGCCCCAUUCUCCCGCUUUCCAUCACCCCGCCCCAUUCUCCCUCCUUCCAUCACCUCGCCCCAUUCUCCCUCCUUCCAUCACCCCGCCCCAUUCUCCCUCCUUCCAUCACCCCGCCCCAUUCUCCCGCUUUCCAUCACCCCGCCCCAUUUUCCCGCUUCCCAUAACCCCACCCCAUUCUCCCGCUUUCCAUCACCCCGCCCCAUUCUCCCGCUUUCCAUCACUCCGCCCCAUUCUCCCGCUUUCCAUCACCCCGCCCCAUUCUUCCGCUUCCCAUCAUCUCGCCCCAUUCCCCCGCUUUCCAUCACCCCUCCCCAUUCUCCCUCCUUCCAUCACCCCGCCCCAUUCUCUCGCUUUCCAUCACCCCGCCCUGUUCUCCCGCUUUCCAUCACCCCGCCCCAUUCUCCCGCUUUCCAUCAACCCGCCCCAUUCUCCCUCCUUCCAUCACCCCGCCCCAUUCUCCCGCUUUCUAUCACCCAGCCCCAUUCUCCCUCCUUCCAUCACCCUGCCCCAUUCUCCCUCAUUCCAUCACCCCGCUCCAUUCUCCCGCUUUCCAUCACCCCGCCCCAUUCUCCCACUUCACAUAACCCCGCCCCAUUCUCCCGCUUUUCAUCAGCCCGCCCCAUUCUCCCGCUCUCCAUCACCCCUCCCCUUUCUCCCGCUUUCCAUCUCCCCGCCCCAUUCUCCCGCUUUCCAUCACCCCGCCCUAUUCUCCCGCUUUCCAUCACCCCGCCCCAUUCUUCCGCUUCCCAUCAUCUCGCCCCAUUCCCCCGCUUUCCAUCACCCCUCCCCAUUCUCCCUCCUUCCAUCACCCCGCCCCAUUCUCUUGCUUUCCAUCACCCCGCCCCCUUUCCAUCACCUGCCCCAUUCUCCCGCUUUCCAUCACCCCGCCCCAUUCUCCCGCUUUCCAUCACCCUGCUCCAUUCUCCCGCUUUCCAUCACCCCGCCCCAUUCUCCCGCUUUCCAUCACCCCGCCCCAUUCUCCCGCUUUCAAUCACUCCGCCCCAUUCUCCCGCUUUCCAUCACCCCGCCCCAUUCUCCCUCCUUCCAUCACCUUGCCUCAUUCUCAUUCCUUCCAUCACCCCGCCCCAUUCUCCCGCUUUCCAUCACCCUGCCCCAUUCUCCCGCUUUCCAUCACCCAGCCCCAUUCUCCCGCUUUCCAUCACCCCGCCCCAUUCUCCCGCUUUCCAUCACCCUGCCCCAAUCUCCCGCUUUCCAUCACCGCGCCCCAUUCUCCCUCCUUCCAUCACCCCGCCCCAUUCUCCCGCUUUCCAUCACCCCCGCCCCAUUCUCCUGCUUUCCAUCACCCAGCCCCAUUCUCCCGCUUUCGAUCACCCCGCCCCAUUCUCCCGCUUUCCAUCACCCCACCCCAUUCUCCCUCCUUCCAUCACCCCGCCCCAUUCUCCCUCCUUCCAUCACCCCGCCCCAUUCUCCCGCUUUCCAUCACCCCGCCCCAUUCUCCCGAUUUCCGUCACCCCGCCUCAUUCUCCCUCCUUCCAUCACCCCGCCCCAUUCUCCCGCUUUCCAUCACCCCGCCCCAUUCUCCCGCUUCCCAUAACCCCACCCCAUUCUCCCGCUUUCCAUCACCCCGCCACAUUCUCCCGCUUUCUAUCACCCCGCCCCAUUCUCCCUCCUUCCAUCACCCCGCCCCAUUCUCCCGCUUUCCAUCACCCCGCCCCAUUCUCCCGAUUUCCAUCACCCCGCCCCAUUCUCCCGCUUUCCAUCAGCCCGCCCCAUUCUCCCACUUUCCAUCACCCUGCCCCUUUCUCCCGCUUUCCAUCUCCCCGCCCCAUUCUCCCGCUUUCCAUCAUCCCGCCCCAUUCUCCCUCCUUCCAUCACCCCGCCCCAUUCUUCCGCUUCCCAUCAUCCCGCCCCAUUCCCCCGCUUUCCAUCACCCCUCCCCAUUCUCCCUCCUUCCAUCACCCCGCCCCAUUCUCUCGCUUUCUAUCACCUCGCCCCAUUCUCCCGAUUUCCAUCACCCCGCCCCAUUCUCCCGCUUUCCAUCAGCCCGCCCCAUUCUCCCACUUUCCAUCACCCCGCCCCUUUCUCCCGCUUUCCAUCUCCCCGCCCCAUUCUCCCGCUUUCCAUCAUCCCGCCCCAUUCUCCCUCCUUCCAUCACCCCGCCCCAUUCUUCCGCUUCCCAUCAUCCCGCCCCAUUCCCCCGCUUUCCAUCACCCCUCCCCAUUCUCCCUCCUUCCAUCACCCCGCCCCAUUCUCUCGCUUUCUAUCACCUCGCCCCAUUCUCCCGCUUUCCAUCACCCCGCCCCAUUCUCCCGCUUUCCAUCACUCUGCCCCAUUAUCCCUCCUUCCAUCACCCCGCCCCAUUCUCCCUCCUUCCAUCACCCCGCCCCAUUCUCCCUCCUUCCAUCACCCCACCCCAUUCUCCCGCUUUCCAUCACCCCGCCUCAUUCUCCCGCUUCCCAUAACCCCACCCCAUUCUCCCGCUUUCCAUCACCCCGCCACAUUCUCCCACUUUCCAUCACCCCGCCCCCUUCUCUCUCCUUCCAUCACCCCGCCCCAUUCUCCCUCCUUCCAUCACCCCGCCCCAUUCUCCCGCUUUCCAUCAGCCCGCCCCAUUCUCCCGCUUUCCAUCACCCCGCCCCAUUCUCCCGCUUUCCAUCACCCCUCCCCUUUCUCCCGCUUACCAUCUCCCCGCCCCAUUCUCCCGCUUUCCAUCACGCCGCCCCAUUCUCCCGCUUUCCAUCACCCCGCCCCAUUCUCCCUCCUUCCAUCACCCCGCCCCAUUCUCCCGCUUUCCAUCACCCCGCCCCAUUCUCCCUCCUACCAUCACCCCGCCCCAUUCUCCCUCAUUCCAUCACCCCGCCCCAUUCUCCCGCUUUCCAUCACCCCACCCCAUUCUCCCUCCUUCCAUCACCCCGCCCCAUUCUCCCUCCUUCCAUCACCCCGCCCCAUUCUCCCGCUUUCCAUCACCCCGCCCCAUUCUCCCUCCUUCCAUCACCCCGCCCCAUUCUCCCUCCUUCCAUCACCCCGCCCCAUUCUCCCUCCUUCCAUCACCCCGCCCCAUUCUCCCGCUUUCCAUCACCCCGCCCCAUUUUCCCGCUUCCCAUAACCCCACCCCAUUCUCCCGCUUUCCAUCACCCCGCCCCAUUCUCCCGCUUUCCAUCACUCCGCCCCAUUCUCCCGCUUUCCAUCACCCCGACCCAUUCUCCCACUUUCCAUCACCCCGCCCCAUUCUCCCUCCUUCCAUCACCCCGCCUCAUUCUCCCUCCUUCCAUCACCCCGCCCCAUUCUCCCGCUUUCCAUCACCCCGCCCCAUUCUCCCGCUUUCCAUCACCCAGCCCCAUUCUCCCGCUUUCCAUCACCCCGCCCCAUUUUCCCGCUUUCCAUCACCCCGCCCCAUUCUCCCGGUUUCCAUCACCCGGCCCCAAUCUCCCGCUUUCCAUCACCCCGCCCCAUUCUCCCUCCUUCCAUCACCCCGCCCCAUUCUCCUGCUUUCCAUCACCCCGCCCCAUUCUCCCGCUUUCCAUCACCCAACCCCAUUCUCCCGCUUUCCAUCACCCCGCCCCAUUCUCCCGCUUUCCAUCACCCCACCCCAUUCUCCCUCCUUCCAUCACCCUGCCCCAUUCUCCCUCCUUCCAUCACCCCGCCCCAUUCUCCCGCUUUCCAUCACCCCGCCCCAUUCUCCCUCCUUCCAUCACCCCGCCCCAUUCUCCCUCCUUCCAUCACCCCGCCCCAUUAUCCCUCCUUCCAUCACCCCGCCCCAUUCUCCCGCUUUCCAUCACCCCGCCCCAUUUUCCCGCUUCCCAUAAUCCCACCCCAUUCUCCCGCUUUCCAUCACCCCGUCAAAUUCUCCCGCUUUCUAUCACCCCGCCCCAUUCUCCCGCUUUCAAUCACCCCGCCCCAUUCUCCCGAUUUCAAUCACCCCGCCCCAUUCUCCCGAUUUCCAUCACCCCGCCCCAUUCUCCCGCUUUCAAUCACCGCGCCCCAUUCUCCCGAUUUCCAUCACCCCGCCCCAUUCUCUCGCUUUCCAUCACCCCGCCCCAUUCUCCCGCUUUCCAUCACCCCGCCCCAUUCUCCCGCUUUCCAUCAUCCCGCCCCAUUCUCCCUCCUUCCAUCACCCCGCCCUAUUCUUCCGCUUCCCAUCCUCCCGCCCCAUUCUCCCGCUUUCCAUCACCCCUCCCCAUUCUCCCUCCUUCCAUCAACCUGCCCCAUUCUCUCGCUCUCCAUCACCCUGCCCCAUUCUCCCGCUUUCCAUCACCCCGCCCCAUUCUCCCGCUUUCCAUCACCCCAGCCCAUUCUUCCUCCUUCCAUCACCCCGCCCCAUUCUUCCGCUUUCCAUCACCCCGCCCUAUUCUCCCUCCUUCCAUCACCCCACCCCAUUCUCCCUCAUUCCAUCACCCCGCCCCAUUCUCCCGCUUUCCAUCACCCCGCCCCAUUCUCCCUCCUUCCAUCACCCCGCCCCAUUCUCCCUCAUUCCAUCACCCCGCCCCAUUCUUCCGCUUUCCAUCAUCCCGCCCCAUUCUCCCUCCUUCUAUCAUCCCGCCCCAUUCUCCCGCUUUCCAUCACUCCGCCCCAUUCUUCCUCCUUCCAUCACCCCGGCCCAUUCUCCCUCCUUCCAUCACCCCGCACCAUUCUCCCGCUUUCCAUCACCCCGCCCCAUUCUCCUGUUUUCCAUCACCUCGUCCCAUUCUCCCUCCUUCCAUCACCCCGCCCCAUUCUCCCUCCUUCCAUCACCCCGCCCCAUUCUCCCGCUUUCCAUCAGGCCCCGCCCCAUUCUCCCGCUUUCCAUCACCCCGCCCCUUUCUCCCGCUUUCCAUCUCCCCGCCCCAUUCUCCCGCUUGCCAUCACCCCGCUCCAUUCUCCCGCUUUCCAUCACCCCGCCCCAUUCUUCCGCUUCCCAUCAUCCCGCCCCUUUUCCCCGCUUUCCAUCACCCCUCCCCAUUCUUCCUCCUUCCAUCACCCCGCCCCAUUCUCCCGCUUUCCAUCACACCGCCUCAAUCUUCUGCUUUCCAUCACCCCGCCCCAUUCUCCCGCUUUCCAUCACCCUACCCCAUUCACCCGCUUUCCAUCACCUCGCCCCAUUCUCCCGCUUUCCAUCACCCCGCCUCAAUCUUCUGCUUUCCAUCACCCCGCCCCAUUCUCCCGCUUUCCAUCACCCUGCUACAUUCACCCGCUUUCCAUCACCCGCCCCAUUCUCCCGCUUUCCAUCACCCCGCCCCAUUCUCCCGCUUUCCAUCACCCCACCCCAUUCUCCCGCUUUCCAUCCCCCCGCCCCAUUCUCCCGCUUUCCAUCAUCCCGCCCCAUUCUCCCGCUUUCCAUCACUCUGCCCCAUUCUCCCGCUUUCCAUCACCCCGACCCAUUCUCCCACUUUCCAUCACCCCGCCCCAUUCUCCCUCCUUCCAUCACCCCGCCUCAUUCUCCCUCCUUCCAUCACCCCGCCCCAUUCUCCCGCUUUCCAUCACCCCGCCCCAUUCUCCCGCUUUUCAUCACCCCGCCCCAUUCUCCCGCUUUCCAUCACCCCGCCCCAUUCUCUCGCCUUCCAUCACCCCGCCCCAUUCUCCCGCUUUCCAUCACCCCGCCCCAUUCUCCCGCUUUCCAUCACCACGCCCCCUUCUCCCUCCUUCCAUCACCCCGCCCCAUUCUCCCGCUUUCCAUCACCCCGCCCCAUUCUCCCGCUUUCCAUCACCCCGCCCCAUUCUCCCUCCUUCCAUCACCCCGCCUCAUUCUCCCGCUUUCCAUCACCCCGCCCCAUUCUCCCUCCUUCCAUCACCCCGCCCCAUUCUCCUGCUUUCCAUCACCCCGCCGCAUUCUCCCUCCUUCCAUCACCCCGCCCCAUUCUCCCGCUUUUUAUCACCCCGCCCCAUUCUCCCGCUUUCCAUCACCCCGCCCCAUUCUCCUGCUUUCCAUCACCACACCCCCUUCUCCCUCCUUCAAUCACCCCGCCCCAUUCUCCCGCUUUCCAUCACCCCGCCCCAUUCUCCCGCUUUCCAUCACCCUGCCCCAUUCUCCCGCUUUCCAUCACCCCGCCUCAUUCUCCCGCUUUCCAUCACCCCGCCCCAUUCUCCCCUCCCUCCUUCCAUCACCCCGCCCCAUUCUCCCGCUUUCCAUCACCCCGCCCCAUUCUCCCGCUUCCCAUAACCCCACCUCAUUCUCCCGCUUUCCAUCACCCCGCCCCGUUCUCCCGAUUUCCAUCACCCCGCCCCAUUCUCCCGCUUUCCAUCACCCCGCCCCAUUCUCCCGCUUUCCAUCACCCCGCUUCAUUCUCCCGCUUUCCAUCAUCCCGCCCCAUUCUCCCUCCUUCCAUCACCCCGCCCCAUUCUCCCGCUUUCCAUCACUCCGCCCCAUUCUCCCUCCUUCCAUCACCCCGCCCCAUUCUCCCUCCUUCCAUCACCCCACCCCAUUCUCCCGCUUUCCAUCACCCCGCCCCAUUCUCCCCCUUUCCAUCACCCCGCCCCCUUCUCUCUCCUUCCAUCACCCCGCCCCAUUCUCCCUCCUUCCAUCACCCCGCCCCAUUCUCCCGCUUUCCAUCAGCCCGCCCCAUUCUCCCGCUUUCCAUCACCCCGCCCCAUUCUUCCGCUUCCCAUCAUCCCGCCCCAUUCCCCCGCUUUCCAUCACCCCUCCCCAUUCUCCCUCCUUCCAUCACACCGCCCCAUUCUCCCCCUUUCCAUCACCUGCCCCAUUCUCCCGCUUUCCAUCAACCCGCCCCUUUCUCCCGCUUUCCAUCAUCCCGCCCCAUUCUCCCUCCUUCCAUCACCCUGCCCCAUUCUCCCGCAUUCCAUCACUCCGCCCCAUUCUCCCUCCUUCCAUCACCCCGCCCCAUUCUCCCUCCUUCCAUCACCCCAACCCUUUCUCCCACUUUCCAUCACCCCGCCCCCUUCUCUCUCCUUCCAUCACCCCGCCCCAUUCUCCCUCCUUCCAUCACCCCGCCCCAUUCUCCCGCUUUCCAUCAGCCCGCCCCAUUUUCCCGCUUUCCAUCACCCCGCCCCAUUCUUCCGCUUCCCAUCAUCCCAUCCCAUUCCCCCCCUUUCCAUCACCCCUCCCCAUUCUCCCUCCUUCCAUCACCCCGCCCCAUUCUCUUGCUUUCCAUCACCCCGCCCCAUUCUCCCGCUUUCCAUCACCCCGCCCCAUUCUCCCGCUUUCCAUCACCCCACCCGAUUCUCCCUCCUUCCAUCACCCCUCCCCAUUCUCCCUCCUUUCCAUCACCCGCCACACUCUCCCGCUUUCCAUCACCCCGCCCCAUUCUUCUGCUUUCCAUCACCCCGCCCCAUUCUCCCGCUUUCCAUCACCCUGCCCCAUUCACCCGCUUUCCAUCACCCGCCCCAUUCUCCCGCUUUCCAUCACCCUGCCCCAUUCUCCCGCUUUCCAUCACCCCGCCCCAUUCUCCCGCUUUCCAUCACCCCGUCCCAUUCUCCCGCUUUCCAUCACCCCGCCCAAUUCUCCCGCUUUCCAUCACUACGCCCCAUUUUCCCGCUUUCCAUCACCUCGCCCCAUUCUCCCACUUUCCAUCACCCUGCCCCAAUCUCCCGCUUUCCAUCACCCCACCCCAUUCUCCCUCCUUCCAUCACCCCGCCCCAUUCUCCCACUUUCCAUCACCCCGCCCCAUUCUCCCGCUUUCCAUCACCCAGCCCCAUUCUCCCGCUUUCCAUCACCUCGCCCGAUUCUCCCGCUUUCCAUCACCCCGCCCCAUUCUCCCUCCUUCCAUCACCCCGCACAUUCUCCCGCUUUGUAUCACCCCGCCCCAUUCUCCCUCCUUCCAUCACCCCGCCCCAUUCUCCCUCCUUCCAUCACCCCGCCCCAUUCUCCCGCUUUCCAUCACCCCGCCCCAUUCUCCCGCUUCCCAUAACCCCACCCCCUUCUCCCGCUUUCCAUCACCCCGCCACAUUCUCCCGCUUUCUAUCACCCCGCCCCAUUCUCCCUCCUUCCAUCACCCCGCCCCAUUCUCCCGCUUUUCAUCACCCCGCCCCAUUCUCCCGAUUUCCAUCACCCCGCCCCAUUCUCCCGCUUUCCAUCACCCCGCCCCAUUCUCCCGCUUUCCAUCACCCCACCCCAUUCUCCCUCCUUCCAUCACCCCGCCCCAUUCUCCCACUUUCCAUCACCCCGCCCCAUUCUCCCGCUUUCCAUCACCCAGCCCCAUUCUCCCGCUUUCCAUCACCUCGCCCGAUUCUCCCGCUUUCCAUCACCCCGCCCCAUUCUCCCUCCUUCCAUCACCCCGCCACAUUCUCCCGCUUUGUAUCACCCCGCCCCAUUCUCCCUCCUUCCAUCACCCCGCCCCAUUCUCCCUCCUUCCAUCACCCCGCCCCAUUCUCCCGCUUUCCAUCACCCCGCCCCAUUCUCCCGCUUCCCAUAACCCCACCCCCUUCUCCCGCUUUCCAUCACCCCGCCACAUUCUCCCGCUUUCUAUCACCCCGCCCCAUUCUCCCUCCUUCCAUCACCCCGCCCCAUUCUCCCGCUUUUCAUCACCCCGCCCCAUUCUCCCGAUUUCCAUCACCCCGCCCCAUUCUCCCGCUUUCCAUCACCCCGCCCCAUUCUCCCGCUUUCCAUCACCCCGCCCCAUUCUCCCGCUUUCCAUCAUCCCGCCCCAUUCUCCCUCUUUCCAUCACCCCGCCCCAUUCUCCUGCUUUCCAUCACUCCGCCCCAUUCUCCCUCCUUCCAUCACCCCGCCCCAUUCUCCCUCCUUCCAUCACCCCGCCCCAUUCUCCCGCUUUCCAUCACCCCGCCCCAUUCUCCCGCUUCCCAUAACCCCACCCCAUUCUCCCGCUUUCCAUCACCCCGCCACAUUCUCCCACUUUCCAUCACCCCGCCCCCUUCUCUCUCCUUCCAUCACCCUGCCCCAUUCUCCCUCCUUCCAUCACCCCGCCCCAUUCUCCCGCUUUCCAUCAGCCCGCCCCAUUCUCCCGCUUUCCAUCACCCCUCCCCUUUCUCCCACUUUCCAUCUCCCCGCCCCAUUCUCCCGCUUCCCAUCACCCCGCCCCAUUCUCCCGCUUUCCAUCACCCCGCCCCAUUCUUCCGCUUCCCAUCAUCCCGCCCCAUUCCCCCGCUUUCCAUCACCCCUCCCCAUUCUCCCUCCUUCCAUAACCCCGCCCCAUUCUCUUGCUUUCCAUCACCCCGCCCCAUUCUCCCGCUUUCCAUCACCCCGCCCCAUUCUCCCGCUUUCCAUCACCCCGCCCCAUUCUUCCUCCUUCCAUCACCCCGCCCCAUUCUCCCGCUUUCCAUCACCCCGUCCCAUUCUCCCUCCUUCCAUCACCCCGCCCCAUUCUCCCUCAUUCCAUCACCCCGCCCCUUUCUCCCGCUUUCCAUCACCCCGCCCCAUUCUCCCGCUUCCCAUAACCCCACCCUAUUCUCUAGCUUUCUAUCACCCCGCCACAUUUUCCCACUUUCCAUCACCCCGCCCCCUUCUCUCUCCUUCCAUCACCCCGCCCCAUUCUCCCUCCUUCCAUCACCCCGCCCCAUUCUCCCGCUUUCCAUCAGCCCGCCCCAUUCUCCCGCUGUCCAUCACCCCGCCCCUUUCUCCCGCUUACCAUCACCCCGCCCCAUUCUCCCGCUUUCCAUCACCCCGCCCUAUUCUCCCGCUUUCCAUCAUCCCGCCCCAUUCUCCCGCUUUCCAUCAGCCCGCCCCAUUCUCCCGCUUUCCAUCACCCCGCCCCUUUCUCCUGCUUUCCAUCACCCCGCCCAAUUCUCCCUUUUUCCAUCACCCUGCCCCAUUCUCCCGCUUUCCAUCACCCCGCCCCAUUCUCCCACCUUCCAUCACUCCGCCCCAUUCUCCCGCUUUCCAUCACCCCGACCCGUUCUCCCACUUUCCAUCACCCCGCCCCAUUCUCCCUCCUUCCAUCACCCCGCCUCAUUCCCCCUCCUUCCAUCACCCCGCCCCAUUCUCCCGCUUUCCAUCACCCCGCCCCAUUCUCCCGCUUUCCAUCACUUAG